CCGUGACGGGCUUGUGGGCGGCUCCUCGGGUGUUCGCGGUGCGGCUCGUCUGGGGUCCUGGAAGUCUGUUCCUGGAGCCGAGGAAGCGGCAGGCGGCGGAUCCCUGGGCCUAGAAAAAUCCUGCAAAAAUGUCUUUGUACCCAUCUCUUGAAGACCUGAAAGUAGACAAAGUAAUUCAGGCUCAAGCUGCCUUUUCUGCAAACCCUGCCAACCCAGCAAUUUUGUCCGAAGCUUCUGCUCCCAUCUCUCAGGAUGCAAGCCUGUAUCCUAAACUGUACCCGGAGCUCUCUGAAUACAUGGGUCUGAGUCUAAAUGAAGAAGAAAUACGAGCAAAUAUGGCCAUGGUCCCUGGAGCACCAACACAGGGGCAGUUGGUAGCAAGGCCUUCCAGUGUGAACUAUAUGGUGGCUCCUGUAACUGGUAAUGAUAUUGGAAUUCGAAGAGCAGAAAUUAAGCAGGGGAUUCGUGAAGUUAUUUUGUGUAAGGAUCAAGAUGGAAAAAUUGGCCUCAGGCUUAAAUCAAUAGAUAACGGAGUAUUCGUUCAGCUGGUCCAGGCUAAUUCUCCAUCGUCUUUGGUUGGUCUGAGAUUUGGGGAUCAGGUACUGCAGAUUAAUGGUGAAAACUGUGCUGGCUGGAGCUCAGACAAAGCACACAAAGUGCUCAAACAGGCGUUUGGAGAGAAGAUUACCAUGACUAUCCGUGACAGGCCCUUUGAACGGACUAUUACCAUGCAUAAGGAUAGUACUGGACAUGUUGGUUUUGUCUUUAAAAACGGAAAAAUAACAUCCAUAGUGAAAGACAGUUCUGCAGCCAGAAACGGUCUUCUCACCGAACAUAACAUCUGUGAAAUUAAUGGACAGAAUGUUAUUGGAUUGAAGGACUCUCAAAUUGCAGACAUACUGUCAACAUCUGGGACUGUGGUUACUAUUACGAUCAUGCCAGCUUUCAUCUUUGAGCAUGUUAUUAAACGGAUGGCACCAAGCAUUAUGAAAAGCCUGAUGGAUCACACCAUUCCUGAGGUUUAAAAGUCAGGUCAUAACGGAAACCUAGCCGCACGUCUGCAGUCAGCUUCUCCGGCAACUCUGUAUUACGCACAUGAAGCUUCCAGGAGCCACCAAGCACAUGCUGCAUGAGGAGCUACCUUUCUCCCUCACGUAUGGCUGGGAACCUUACCCUCUUGACCUGUAUCUGUUCACACUUCAAGAUAGUUGUAGCCUUAUCAUGGUUUUACAGAUGUGAAACUUUCAAAAGAUGUACUGACUUUCAUAGACUAGUUUAAUUACUGGAAGCUUGAUGCUUCUACAAGCCAUCAUGAUUAAGAUGACUGAUACAGGCUUAGCUUUGUGUUAGAACCAGUCACAUUUAUUCAAGAUACGGAGUAGUGCUGUUCAUAUUACUUUAUUUCUAUGGUAUAUAUGCAUUGUUAAUGUGUUGCUAUAUUACAUGUAGAAUGAUGGCCUCUGGUAGUUUUUUUAGUCGUGUGAGUGUGUGUUAAACACCAGUUAACACUGGUUUCAUUCCAUGUAAGCAUUACAGUGUAUGUAGACUGCAGAGGACGGUGAUGAUUAUCAUUAGGUUUUAACUACCUUCACUCAAUAUGCUUGAACUAUCGCCUUAACCAUAAGCAUCUAGAAUAAAAGCCAAAAUAUAAUUAUUGCUGCCUUUCUAAAAUCCAAAAUGUUGUUCCAUAUUGAGCUGAAAUGUACACUAACCCAGAACAGUUUAAUGGUUCUUAAGAGCUCUUGCAUAGCUUAGUUGUAUUUGAGAUUUUCUAGUAAAAUUGCAUAAUGGAAACUUUUCUAAAAGUUAAUGGUAUCACUUUCUGAGAAAUGAUAUAUAUUUAAUGUAAAAUCUUAUACUAAACAGGAUAAACUUUGGACCCCUUUUGUUGCAUUCGUAGAUUAAAUGAGAUAAUACCCGAUUUUGGCAUCACACCUAAUUUUGACAUUAUUAUUAUUUUUUUUUUUAUAAUCGAGCUACUUUGGAAUCAUCUUAGAACGUCUCUGGUAAUUUGUUCCAUUUCCUGACUUCGCCCUGCCAACAAAAUGGCGCUAACACUUUAUCCUGAUACUUUGUUUUAUGCCUAUUCUAUUCUAAUUAAAUAUGUAUAAAUAAAGUAAAAUUUCAGACUGUUA